CAUCUCAAAAUGGAGAAAAAUACUACUUUAACUCUUACUAUUAAGUUCUUGCUCUUACAAUAUCUUUUUGUGCUGUCUGUUGCUCAAAAUUUUGAUUUCUUUUACUUUGUUCAACAGUGGCCUGGAUCAUAUUGUGAUACGAAACAAAGUUGUUGCUAUCCAACUACGGGGAAGCCCGCAGCUGAUUUCGGCAUCCACGGACUCUGGCCGAAUUACAACGACGGCACUUACCCUUCAAAUUGUGACCCCAACAAUUUAUAUGACCAGUCCAAGAUAUCAGACCUAAUUAGCCGAAUGCAACAAGAUUGGCCUACUUUAGCUUGUCCCAGCAACAGUGGCACCACAUUCUGGUCACACGAGUGGGACAAACAUGGCACAUGUUCGGAAUCUAAUCUGGACCAACAUGGCUACUUCAAAGCCACUCUCAACCUCAAAUCUAAAUAUGAUCUUCUCCAAAUUCUACAAAAUGGAGGGAUAAGUCCGGAUGGUGGUUCUUAUAGCUUGAGCAGCAUAAAGACUACAAUAAGUAAUGCCAUAGGUUAUACUCCAUGGAUCGAGUGCAAUUCUGAUGCAGAUGGCAACAAACAGCUAUACCAGAUUUAUCUAUGCAUCGAUAAAUCGGGCUCUAAUUUAAUCAAAUGUCCUAUUUUUCCAAAUGGGCAAUGUGCAUCUACCAUUCAGUUUCCAUCGUUUUAAUUUUAUUUAGACACAUGUUUCUUGGAGUGUAGCAUUUGCUUUUGCUACGUCAAUGUAUUUUUCCUUAACCGUUUGAUUGUACCGUACGUAUGUAAUCACAUUUGUCAAAUGUAUUUUAAAUGCGGUGUUUCCUUGUAAGUGAAAAUGACUGUUAUAUUGUCAAUUUUUUCUA